AUGAUUGAGGAAACAAAAAUGGAUCCAACAGUUAGCAAUCCCUGGGGUGUAUUGCCAAUUAAAAAUGCAAAAUAUGCAAAAAGCUGCAGUGAAAUCCACCUUUCAGAUAGAGGAAUUGAGAAAAUCGAUAAUUUUUCAUCGUUCACCAAUUUAGAAGUUCUAUGGUUAAAUAAUAACAAAAUUCGAAGAAUAGAAAAUUUAGAUGAAAAUUUUCGAAUAAAAGAACUUUAUAUAGAAAACAACUGCUUAAUCACAUUAGAUGGCUCAAUCAAAUACUUCAAAUUCCUUCAAAAAUUCCUUGCGGGAAAUAAUAACUUGAGAGGAUUAGAUAAUGUCCUUAAAAUCUUAUGCAAGUUUUCAUGCUUGGAGCAUCUAAGUAUUUUUUAAAUAGAUCUUUAUGGAAAUCCAUGCGCAGAAGAGCCUUAUUAUCGCAUGAAAGUAAUUGCCACAAUCCCAUCUCUGAAAAUUCUUGAUAGACAUGGUAAUUUUUACUAACUCCCCAGUGAGUGAACAAACCAUUGAAAAAUCCCUUAUUUUUGCCCACCCUAACACCCUCCAUGAGUGAACAAAAAUUUUUUAUGAAAAAAAAAUUUGAUAUAUAAAUGAUGAUAAUUUAUUAUAAUGAAAUCUCGAGCUAAUUCUGUUUAAUUUUAAACAAAUUGCGUUUUAAACAUAAAAUUUUAUAGAUUAAAUUAAUAUUUGAUCCCCAUUUUUUGCAAAUUAGGAUUUUUUUUUAAAUUUCGAAAAAAAAUAGUUUUUCUAUAAAAUUUAUAUAUAGUCAGCGUCACUAACUAUACAAUUUUUUUAAAAACAAAAUUUAACCCCCUCAGUGAGCGAAAAAAAUUUUUUGUUCACUCACGGAGCGGGGAGAGUAAGAUAUAACUGUUCAAGAAAGAAUCAGAGCUCAAAAGCUCCUUAUCAAACUAAGUGAAGGCCCUACACAGUCAAAGCCUAAGCAGUCAAAGCCGAAAGCAUCCACCAUAAGUACAGGAGAGCGAGCUCUAGCCCAUGAAGUAAAAGAAAUAAAAAUUAAAAACGAACAAAAAGAAGCAGAAGAGGAAAAAAAUUCCAUCACCGUUUUCGGAUGGGACAAAUACCAAGGAAAGCCUGCACCUAUUGCCAAAAAAGUUCUAGAAAACGCAAAGAAAUUCUGAAAUUCUCAAGUGAGUCGAGCACCUGAAUGGGAAAAUGCUGAAGAAGAAGCCAUAAAAAACGAAAUUAAAUCGCUAUAUGCGAAAGCGAAAAAAGAAGAAAUGUAUGGCAGGAUGGAUGGAGCAAAAGAGUUUGCGUUUCAAGCUUUAAGACUGCAAGGAAUACUUGAUAAAAGAGAAAAACCUGUAGAAGAGGUCAAAGUUGAUGAGCUUCCAGAGAAGCCGAGGACCGAUUUUGUUAAAAUUUUUAGGUACAGAGGAGAAACAGAUGGCCCUUCACAUCAACUGCAUGCGUUACUAUAA